CCUGAAGGAGAUGAAUGAGGGGUUUAAGAGCUGAAGCCGAAUGGAGGUCGGAUCAUUUCAGCUUAGAAAGACUCAGAUGUUUGUGAAACUGCAGCAUCUGCUGAUGUCCUUUCUUGGAACAGCUGAGAAAAACUAGAAUCAUCAAAGUAAACAUCUUUGCUCUGAAUGAAGCUCUGCAUUUAAAAAACCGUCAAACCAAAUGAAAGACGAGCCAGAGGAUGAAAGCAGCUGCUUAAACGUGACAGAAGCUCUGGGAAGAAAAAAGACUGUUAAUAGUUACCGUGUCGAUGUGGAGGGCUGCGGUCUCACCUGGGCCUUCAGGUCUGUCUGAAGAAGGAUUCUGUGGACAAACACAAACAACAUUCUUGACAUUUUCCCCUGCAGUCGUUCCUGUUUUUCAGGAGGAGCUGACCCUGUUUCAGAAUGAGAACAAUCUGCUGUUGUCUGCGUUCCUGGGAUGUUGCAAUGUGUGUUUCAGGGACUGCCUGUGGCUGCAGAGAUGCUGGGAAGACCAGAGUUAGGGUCUUCCUGCAGCUGACGUCUGUGCUGCUGGGGGUUUAGUUCUGCAAUCAGGAGGUUCUCUUCAUCCAGACAACGUUGUCUUGAAGUCGAACGGCAAAAUGUUUCAAAGAAGAAGAUUUGAAGUCCAGUUUCCACGACUCAACUUGAAGACGGUCUUUUCAGUCGUGUGGUUUUGGUUGCUGCUGAAACGCCUGACUUCCUGUUUCAGUUCAUUUGCCCUGAAGCUUUGCUGGCGGCGGGCGGCUCUGUGUGCUGGAAUCCCAGGAAGGAAGAAGCGACUUCUGCUGAAUCAGAGAUAGUUACAGAUGCUUCUGCAAAUGUCAGGUCUGUGAUGCGUUCAGGGACCAGCAUGUCCCUGAACGCAUCACAGACAAACAAGCUCCUCACCUGGCAUUACAUGUAUGACGUUCUAACCAUUCCGUCUUGGAGUUGAGUGUCUGAACGAGCUUUGCAGCAGAACCGGAAGCUUCUCCAUCUGAGAGGACAGACAUAGAGUCCAGCAGAACUGGGGCAGAACUUUGGACCUCUGCAAAGACGGACCCCCCCGUGGAGGUUCACAGAUGAAAAGGAAGAGAAGUUUAGUCCAGCCGGCUCUGAUCCAGGCCAUCUUCAGCGGGGAUCCUGAGGAGAUCCGAAUGCUCAUCUACAAAUCUGAGGACAUCAACGUUCUGGAUGCAGAGAAGCGCACCCCCCUGCACGCCGCCGCCUUCCUGGGUGAUGCAGAAAUCACUGAACUCCUCAUCCUCUCUGGUGCCCGGGUCAACGCCAAAGACAACAUGUGGUUCACCCCCCUGCACCGGGCAGUGGCAUCCCGGAGCCAGGUGUGCACACACUCACGUGCACACGCAUGCAAUCCAGAUGCUGUGCAAGUCCUGAUCCGUCACUCUGCAGACGUGAACGCUCGGGACAAGAACUGGCAGACGCCGCUGCAUGUGGCUGCAGCCAACAACGCUCUGCGCUGCGCCGAGGUCAUCAUCCCCCUGCUGACCAGCGUCAACGUGUCCGACCGCGGGGGCCGCACCGCCUUGCACCACGCCGCUCUCAACGGCCACACGGAGAUGGUGAACCUUCUGCUGGCCAAAGGGGCAAACAUCAACGCCUUUGAUAAGAAGGACGGCCGCGCCCUGCACUGGGCCGCCUUCAUGGGUCACCUGGAUGUCGUGUCUGUGCUGGUGAGUCAUGGCGCUGAGGUCAGCUGUAAGGACAAGCGAGGGUACACGCCGCUCCACGCAGCGGCCUCCAGCGGACAGAUCGCCGUGGUCAAACACCUGCUCAGCCUGUCAGUGGAGAUAGAUGAGCCCAACGCCUUCGGGAACACGGCUCUCCACUUGGCGUGCUUCAACGGCCAGGACGCCGUCGUAAGCGAGCUGAUCGAUUAUGGCGCCAAUGUCAGCCAGCCCAACAACAAGGGCUUCACGCCACUGCACUUUGCUGCCGCGUCCACGCACGGAGCGCUCUGCCUGGAGUUCCUGGUGAAUAAUGGCGCCGACAUCAACAUCCAGAGUCGGGAUGGGAAGAGUCCUCUCCACAUGACGGCCGUUCACGGACGUUUCACGCGCUCGCAGACGCUCAUCCAGAACGGGGGGGAAAUCAACAGCGUGGACAAGGACGGAAACACCCCCCUCCAUGUUGCUGCACGCUACGGACACGAGCUCCUCAUCAACACGCUCAUCACCAGCGGAGCCGACUGCGCCAGGCGGGGGGUCCACGGGAUGUUCCCUCUCCACCUGGCCGCCCUGAACGCUCAUUCGGACUGCUGCAGGAAGCUGCUGUCCUCAGGUCGGAGGUUUAGUUUGUGUAACGACUCGGUCCUGUUCGCAGGCUUCCAGAUAGACACCCCCGACAGCCUGGGGAGGACGUGUCUGCACGCGGCUGCAGCGGGGGGAAACGUGGAUUGUGUGCAGCUGCUGCUGAAAAGUGGAGGAGAACACAACAGGACAGAUAAGUGUGGCAGGACUCCGCUGCAUUACGCCGCCGCCAGCCGCCACUAUCACUGUCUGGAGACGUUGGUAGUGUGUGGCACCGACAUUAAUGCCACUGACCAGUGGGGGCGCUCUGCCUUGCACUAUGCUGCUGCCUCAGACCUGGACAGGAGGCGGCGUGUGGCUCUGGAGCCAGACAGUGAAGGAGUUCAGGCUGAGAAAGAGAAGGAGGCAGCACAGUGUCUGGAGUUCCUGCUUCAGAGCGGCGCAGCGGCGGCGCUGAAGGACAAGCAAGGCUACAGUCCGGUCCACUACGCUGCGGCCUUCGGGCACCGGCACUGCCUCGAGCUGCUGCUGGACACACAUGACGGUCGCCAGGAAGAAGCAGACUGUGGGAACGCCCAGAGCCCCCUGCACCUCGCUGCGUAUCACGGCCACGCUCAGGCCCUACAGGUGCUGUUGCGGGGGGGCCGGGAGGUGGACGAGAGGGACCAGGCGGGGCGGACCCCUUUGGCCCUGGCCGCCCUCCGGGGCCACGCCGACUGUGUCCACACUCUGCUCAGCCAGGGAGCGUCUCCGCUCUCCACCGACCAGCUGUAUGGACGCACGCCUGUGCACCUGGCAGUCAUGAACGGCCACACCACAUGCGUGCGGCUCCUGCUGGACGAGCCAGACGGCGCCGAGGUCCUGGAUGUGGCGGACCCUCAGGGACGGACUCCUCUAAUGCUGGCAGUGGUGGGGGGGCACGUGGACGCCGUGUCGCUGCUGCUGGAGCGGGAGGCCAACGUGAACACGGCAGAUAAGAAGGGCCUGAUGGCGCUGCACCUGGCGCUCCUGUGCGCUCAGGACGAGUGUGUCCAGUGUCUGCUGGAGCAGGACGCGUGUCUGCUGCAGGGGGACUCACAGGGUCGAACCCCCAUCCACCUGGCUGCAGCCCAAGGCCACGCCUCCUGGCUGAGCGAGCUGCUGACCAUCGCCUGCUCAGAGUCCAGCAGUGUGCCGCCGCUGAAGGACGGCAGUGGAUACACCCCCCUGCACUGGGCGUGCUUCUACGGUCAGGACGGCUGCGUGGAGGUUCUGCUGGAGCAGAGGGGCUGCCGCUGCAUCGACGGGAACCCCUUCACCCCCCUCCACUGCGCCGUGGUGAAUGGUCACGAGUCGUGCGCGGCGCUGCUGCUGGACGCCAUGGGCUCUGACAUCACGGGCUGCAGGGAUGCAAAGGGCAGGACUCCUCUCCACGCUGCAGCGUUUGCGGGUCAGACUGAGUGCAUUCAGCUCCUCCUUUCCCAUGAUGCACCUGUGGACCCUGCAGACGAUCACGGCCGCACCCCUCUGAUGACCGCCGCUGCGAAGGGCCGCGUUGGCGCUCUGGAGGCUCUGCUGGACGCCGGCGCCGGGCUGAGUCUGAUCGACCGCGACGGGAACACGCCGCUGCACGUGGCCUGCAGUAACGGAACCGAGGACGGCGUGCUGAUGAUCCUGCAGAGGCUGUCGGACGCCACGCUCAUAAACGCCACCAACGCGGCGAUGCAAACUCCUCUCCACAUGGCGGCGCAGCGCGGCCUGAAGAAGGCGGUCCAGGAGCUGCUGUCCCGAGGAGCCAGCACGCAGACGGUGGAUGAGGACGGUCUGACCCCCGCCCUGGCUUGUGCUCCUAGCAGACAGGUGGCUGAUUGUCUGGCUCAUUCUGGCUCCCAUGAUGCCUUUCUGCUCCCCUUGCAGCUCCGGGGGCCCCUCCCCAGGCUUCCUGCUGAGGCCCCUCCCCAGGCUUCCUGCUGAGGCCCCUCCCCAGGGCAAGGGGCCCUGGUCUUCAGGGGCCCGCAGCCUCAAGAACCCUUUGGGACCUUUGAUCGGGGGAAGACUGAGAAUGACUCAGAGGACUGGGAGACCCUCUGACCCCCCCCCCCCUUCUGGGGGCUCUGCAGUGCCGCCUGCCGCCACACCAGCUCUACCCAGGCCGGUUCUGGUCGGGUACUGCAGAAAGCCAUUUUAUCUGUUUGUUAGAAAGACGUCUGAGCAGAACCCUGAGGUUCUGAUGACUGGAGCCUGCAGUUUAUGAUUAGAAGGAAUUCUGCUGGUAAACAUCAACCGACCCGGUUCUAUUGAGGAAGAUGAUGUUCAGACUCCUCGCAGGUCAGAGGUCACCCUCACGGUCAGACGGCGUUCUUUCAGAGCAAAGACCUUCGGUCAGACUUGUGAUGACUCAGCAGAACCUGUUUCAGGGAUGUUUUUUAUGUUUUCUAGACAUGCAGGGUUCUGGAGGUUACAGCGGUUCUGUUUCUGGGUUCAAUAGAACCUUUGGUUCUCGGUCUGAAGGCUCAGAUUCUGUAGAAGUUUCCAUGACGGUACAAAUCACUGCCAGCACUUAAAUGCCACUGCCCCGCCCCCACCCCCGUGCCGUGCCAUGGCUGUACUCAUCCCCAGUGCCUUGAUGCCAGAACCUUCAGGCUCGUUGGACCCGCUCCGGCGGACACAUUUGGACUUUCUGCUCAUAUUUCUGACCUCGUCUGAACUGAAAUGUUUUUAGACAUUUUCUCAAAUGUUUGUACUGAAGGUGCAGAACACCAAAGAGCUGAGCGAAGACGAGUCUCCGGACGUCUGGAGCCGGAACCGAGGCGUGGUUCCGGUUCUGGUUCCUCCUCACGUCACAGCAGUUCCUGAUGCAGUGGCCGGUGUUUUUUACAGCCUGUAUGAUUUGAAAUAAAAGCGUUUGCAUCUUAAA